AUGCCCGUCGUUCUUCGCAAGCGCAAGGCCCCCGUCGAGUCUGCUCCACCUCCGCCAUCUAAGAAGAAGACCCCAGCCGCAAAGCCAGCCGCCAAGGCCAAGGCUGCGCCCGAGGCCAAAGCCGCAGCCAGCAAGACCAACGGCGCCGCCGCCGCCGCCGCCGCCGCGCCAGCCCAGAAGGCCGCCAAAGUCGCAGUCGGCGACUCCAUCACCCUCGCCGGCUUCGGGGGCGAAAUCGAGACGCAGGGUGGUGAGAAGAUCACCCUCCAGAAGCUUGUGGAGAAGAGUGAGAAGGGUGUCGUACUGUUUACGUAUCCCCGCGCCAGCACGCCCGGUUGCACCACCCAGGUUUGCCUAUUCCGCGAUUCCUACGCGCCAUUCAGCGCUGCGGGAUUCGCCAUUUACGGCCUCUCCAACGACAGCCCCAAGGCAAACACCACGUUCAAGACUAAGCAGAACUUGCCCUAUGAUCUCCUCUGCGACCCGAAGGCUACGCUGAUUGAGGCGAUUGGGCUUAAGAAGAGCCCUUCUGGCACUCAGCGCGGCUUGUUUGUCGUGGACAAGGAGGGGAAGGUGUUGGCUGCUGAGCCGGGUAGUCCUGCUGGCACUCAUGCUGCGGUGAAGAAGCUGUUAGGCGCUGAUUCGGAGGCUGCUAAGAAGGAGGAUGUUAAGGGGGCUAAGGCGGCGGCUGAUGUAGCUGAGGCGGCGGACAAGGUGGACGCCAAUGCUACUGUUGCAGAGCCAGUUAAGGCUUGAGCGUGUUAGGCUACUGUGAGAGAGGGGGUGUAUGCGACACGGAUCUUCUAUGUAUCCGCUGGCCAUGGGUUAUGAUGGACAGGGUAGCGUUUGUGUACGGGUUGUGCGGUGGCUUUGCUUGUAGCUUUAAAUAAAAUGGAAACAACUUGACUUAU